AUGGACGACAGAACUGGCAAAGAUCGGGAUGAGAUCUGGGUAUCGAAACAAGUCUGGCGGGACCUGACUGAUCGGAACAUCCGUGAUGAUGCUGCGCUCAUGUCGAUCCCUCCCACCGUACACGAGCGCGUAGCGUUGGAAGAGCAAGAGCAGAUUGCGGAAGAAGAGGCUGUCACUGCUAAGUCGAACAUCACAAAGACUGGACUUGCGGCUGACUCGUGUCCCCAGGUUUCGCGAGCCAUGAGUGGCUGUGACCUCGAACCACUCCUGCGAAAUACCGCACAAAUGGCGCCCAAUGGAUAG